AAGGGUGAUGCUGAGCAAAAUGACAAGAAAGCUGAGAAUUCUGACAUGCGCGGAAACGAUGAUGAUCGUCUUAGUAAGAGGCACGGCGAAAAGUGUACGCACCGCGGGCGCUCUGCGUCGCGCGCGGGUUCGGAGCCGGCGGACGCGUGCUGCAGACGUCGCCGUCGGCGCAGAAGGUCUUGUAGGUGUCGCCGACGCCGUCGCCGCAGCUGCCGUCGCCGACGUCGCCGCAGCCGCAGCCGCAGACGUCGCCGCAGCCGCAGCCGCCGACGUCGGCGACGCUCCAUGCGACGUCGGCGACGAAGACGACGCCGCAGACGUUGACGUUACCCUACCGCCUACCGACUGUGCCGUACCGGACUUUGGAUUUUUUGAAUUGUUGUUAAUAAAUUUGCGAUGUUAG